AUGAGUGAAGAUGAAGAAUGGUUGAAUGUAGGCAAGUCAUUUGUCUAAAAUUAACUAAAAUAAUAAGAGAAUAUUGUAGAAAAUAACAUUAUUGAAAAUUAAAAGGAGAAAAAGAAAAAAGAUAAAAAAAAGGAAAAAUUAUCUUAAGCUUAAUAACAGAUUGCGAUAAAGUUUACAGAAGAAGAGAUUGAAGCCUAUUAUGAUUCAAAAUUGGAAAAUUGUAAUUAAGUAUUUUCAUAUUGA